CUUCUCUUUCCGGUGUGAGAGCACACCUUGAGACGUGACAUAAACAAACCGAGCACGUGUUUUAUUGGCGGUGAGUCUUCUCGGAGCAGAGACCGGACCGGGACCGGACCGGACCGGACCGGGACCAUGGUGAAGUGUGUCGUUUCCGCGUGUCCGAACCGCAUGGUGAGCCGGAGAGUCUUCAACCGGCCGCCGAAGAGGUUCUUCAACUUCCCCCGGGACCCGGCGAGAGUCCAGGUCUGGCUGGCGGCGCUGAGGCAGUCGUGGCAGCACGACUCCACGGAGCAGCACUUCAUCUGUGAGGACCACUUCCUGCCGGAGGACCUCUCCGCCGGCGGGAUCACCAGCGGCGCCGUCCCCAUCAUGCCCCCUUUCCUGGACGGCUCGCUGGGCCUCGUCAGCCCCUGGGGGGCCGAGUCCUCCGAGGAAGAGGAGCGCUGGGUCCCCGCAGACUACGAGGACGAGGGAAGUGGGGACGAGGCUCCAGAUCCACCACAGCAGAAUCCAGGUGGAGGUUUGGAGAACACCAGAGCUUUCCUGCCACAGAGGAGACAGGCGAGCAGACAGGACGUGUCUCUGGGGCUGCUGACUCUGCGUUUCCUGGAGCUGCUGCUGGUGGCGCCCGACGGUGCUCUGGACCUGCGGGACGCCGCCGCCAGCUUGCAGACACGCAAACGGCGAGUGUAUGACAUCACGCACGUCCUGACGGGCUUCAACCUCCUGGAGAAGGACUCGACCAACUGGGUCAGGUGGAUAGGAAAGACUCCGAUCGGCAGCUUUCUGUGGAAGAACCCGCAGAAGCUGGAGAGAGAGCUGGAGAACCUGAAGACGGUGGAGUCCACGCUGGACGGACUCAUCAAGAGCUGCGCCAAGCAGCUGUUAGACAUGACGGAUGACGAGGAGAACUCUGCGUCGGCCUACGUGACUCACGAAGACAUCCGGCGGCUCUGGUUUGUCCAGCAGCAGACAGUGAUCGUGGUCAAAGCUCCGGAGGAAACCAGACUGGAGAUUCCUGCUCCACAGGAGGACAGGGUCCAGGUCCAGCUGAAGGCGUCUCGGGGUCCCAUCGUGGUUCGGACCUCUGAGUUCGGCUCCGGAGAUGUCAGCUUCGUCUCUCUGGAGGAGAGUCGAGUCCAGAGUGCUGCAGUGUGCUGAACACAGCAGGUCCUCAGAGCGCCGUGUGACCAGCAGGAGGCGCCGCCGUCCUCUGGUGACAUCACAGGUCGUCCUCAGGUGACAUCACAGGUCGUCCUCAGGUGACAUCACAGGUCGUCCUCUGGUGACAUCACAGGUCGUCCUCAGGUGACAUCACAGGUCGUCCUCAGGUGACAUCACAGGUCGUCCUCUGGUGACAUCACAGGUCGUCCUCAGGUGACAUCACAGGUCGUCCUCAGGUGACAUCACAGGUCGUCCUCAGGUGACAUCACAGGUCGUCCUCAGGUGACAUCACAGGUCGUCCUCCGGUGACAUCACAGGUCGUAGAGUCACUUAUGGAACAGAAACAACAAAACACUGAAAACUUUAUAUUUAUGGGUCUGAUUCUCGCUGAUCAGAAUCAAAAUAUGGACUUUUUUUACUUUUCUAUAACAAAUGAUAAUCAGACUCUAGACUUUAUAUUUUAUAUUCUAUCAUUCUGACCUUUUUUUUGUUUAUAUUUUUCAUUUAAAAAUGUUUUGCUGUAAUCAAUAAAACAAUAUAAACUGUU